AUGGCCAGUGCAAACCAUUCCACUCACUCUGACUUCAUUCUCAUCGGUCUGUCCUCCCAUCCAGGACAGCAGAAGUUCCUCUUUGCCAUCUUCCUGGUGAUGUAUAUUGUGAGCAUCCUAGGGAACCUCCUGAUCAUCCUGUUGAUCCUUUGUGAUGCUCAUCUGCACACCCCCAUGUACUUCUUUGUGGGGCACCUUUCCCUGGUGGAUGCCUGUUUCACCUCUGUCACCGUGCCCAAGAUGUUAGUCAACCUGGUGUCAGAAGCCAAGAGCAUCUCUUAUGCUGCCUGCCUGACUCAAAUGUAUUUCUUCUUUGCCUUUGGGGUCACCGACAGCUUUCUUCUGGCCUCCAUGGCUUAUGAUCGCUAUGUGGCCAUCCGUAACCCCCUGCAGUACACCAGCAUGAUGAGUCAAAGCCUGUGUGUGGGGUUUGUGGCCGGCUCCUGGAUUGUCUCCCACCUCCAUUCUUUGUUGCACAUAAUCCUGAUGUCCCGCCUCUCGUUCUGCGCUUCCCAUGAGAUUCCCCACUUCUUCUGUGAUCACCAGCCUGUGCUGGCUCUGUCCUGCACUGAUACCAGCUUAAUUGAGAUGUUGAUCUUCACUGAGGGGGCCUUAGUGGUGCUGAGCCCCUUUGUCUUCAUUGUGAUCUCCUAUGCCCUUAUCCUGGUCACAGUCCUGAGGCUGCCUGCGGGUUCUGGGUGGCGCAAGGCAUUCUCUACCUGUGGGGCUCACCUGCUGGUGGUCACCCUCUUUUACGGCACAGUAAUUGGGGUCUAUUUCCAGCCCACUGCUCGCUACUCAGCAGAAAAGGGAAGGGUUGCCACCAUCAUGUAUACCAUUGUCAUACCUAUGCUCAACCCUUUUAUAUACAGCCUGAGGAAUGACGAUGUCAAAGGAGCAUUUCGCAAAACUCUAUGCAGGAAGGUGGGAACACACUGA